AUGAAGCAAAAUGUAUCUAUAUAAUCAUUAUUGAAGAAUGAGGUAUUUUAUUAUAAUACAUUCUUAGGGCACGUCUGUAUUAAAUUAUUGAAGUAUUCAAAUGGUAAUAUUAAAAUAUAAUAUAAUUAGAAAAUGAAUUCGAUUCUUAAAAGAGGGGAUAUAUAAAGUAUUAAGAAAUAUGAGUUCUAGAUAAAAGCAAACCGAAGGUCUAUAAUAACACUGGAUUGCCUCCGCUUCUUUCUCCAAGAAUAAAAAUUGAUCCCUCCAUGACAACAAAAAUCACAUAGACCUUUCGAUCACCUUCGACACUGAAAAAGUUGUCCAUCGAGAAGAAAGAGGAUAACAGACCAGUUACGGACAAUACCCAAAAAUAGAAAAGCUACUCUUCAGUCAAAAAAUCAAAAGUUUAAGGGAUGAUAAUUCGCAAACUCUAAAAUCAUCAAGUCAAAUUUAUCAAAUCCAAUACAGAAUCACAGGAGACGAUAGAAAAUAAAUUUUAAAGUCCAGCAAUUAGAAUGAUUGAGUUUCCAAUCAAUGGUAUUGAUCAAUCUUAAUAUAGACUUUCAGGAUGAUACAAUCAUAAAGGAAGAGACUGUAUCGCAAAUCGAAUCAUUUAUGGAAAAUAGAUUUACUGCAAUGAAGAAUCAAUCCUUCUCUAGUUCUUAAAAACAAGCAAUAGAAUCUAGUAGUUCAAAUAAAAUUGUUAAUGAUUCAUCUACAUAUUCAUAAUUCAAUUUUUCUACUUAAAAUCCAAGCUUUACUGAAGGAGAUAUGAUAGGUGCAGGAUCCUUUGGAUAAGUGUACAUUGCAUAGGAAAACAAAACAGGCAAAAUCUAUGCGGUUAAGAAAAUUAAUCUGAAGGGAGAUUUUGAAUAGGAGGAUUUGUAGGGAUUGAAAAGCGAAAUCGAUUUAUUGAAGAGAAUUAAACAUAACAACAUCAUUAGAUAUGCAUGGAGCCAAUAAAAUGAAGAGUACUGGUUACUCUAUUUAGAGUAUAUGUCUUAAGGUUAAUCCUUAUUAUAAAGUAGGAACUUUAACCUAAUUGACUGAGAAAUUUGGUCCUUUGAGUAUUAACACAGUUCGUACAUAUUCUGAAUAAUUGUUAUCAGCCAUAGCCUAUCUCCAUGAUAAUGAUAUAAUUCAUAGAGACAUAAAGGGGGGCAACGUUUUAUUAGGAGUGAAUGGAGAGGUGAAGCUAGGAGACUUUGGGUGUAGUAAAAUCAAAGAGAAAACUAUAUCGAGAUCUAAGCAAGGAGGGGACAUAUUGCAUUCUUUAAAGGGAAGCAUUCCGUAUAUGGCUCCUGAGGUAAAUAGAUCUCCUAAUUUUAAAGGUGGCUAGUUAGGAUGAAAAUUGUAGAGCAAGUGACAUUUGGUCAUUUGGAUGCACUGUUCUUGAGAUGGCAACAGGGAAGAAACCUUGGCAUGAACACAAUUUCGAUAAUCCAUUAAGUGCUUUACUCUUAAUAAUUUCUGAGGAUGCUCUUCCAAGGAUACCUGAGGAUUUAGAUGAAGUUCUAAGUUAAUUUAUUAGAUUAUGUUUAUAAAGGGAUCAUUUAUUAAGACCUACUGCUUAGGAACUACUUUAGCAUAAAUUCAUAAUUAAUAAGUGA